AUUGCAUUUUAGUUGUUAUGAUUUUGCUGAACUCCUGCUCUUGUACUCAAUGGAGGUUAGUUCAUGCAUGAGCCGAUAGUCUUGUUGCCAUGGAUCCAGCUGAAAUUUCUGAUGUUCUAAACGAUUUAUUAAGUGAUUUGGAAGAUGAUAAUCAGUUUAUGGAUGAUUCUGACAACGACCCAGAUUAUGUGAAUAAUCCAAAUAACAGUGAAGAUUCUGAAGUUGAUGAGGGAGAAGAGGAACCAGUCGUGAUUGCUAGACCAGGCAAUGAAGAGUAUGGCGAGUGGACUGAUAUUGAUAAGAUACCAGACAUUGAUGUGUUUUGUGAGGAUAGUGGUGUUACUGAUGUGAGUGAGCUUGAUGAACAUAGCACAGUGUUAGAUUUUUUCAAUUACUUCAUAGACAAUGAUUUGCUAUGUAAAAUAAAGCAUGAAACAAAUCUGUAUGCACAACAACAGCUUAGGAAGUUGAGGGCAACAAACAAACUGACAGCUAAAAGUCGAAUGAAUAGUUGGAAAGCUAUAAGUUUAGAAGAAAUUCAAAAUUUUUUAGCUAUUUCUUUUCAUAUGUGCAUUGACAAAAAACCUCAACUUGUAGACCAUUGGUCCCAGGAUCCAGUUGUCUCAUGCAACUUUUGUCAAACAUCAUGA